AUGGCUCCCCCAAAAGUGGAUGCCACUCGAGUCCUUGCAUCACAAAGGCCAUUCAAUGUGACUGUUUCAAGUGUCUUCGUAUUGUUCCAGUCGGCUGGAGAUGGCAACGAACAGGUUUUGGAAAUGGACGUUAUGAUAUGCUACGAUAAACCUGUGAUUUUCUUGCGGUUCGGCCUACCUGUCUUUGACCAUAGCAACGGAAGAAAGGAGGAGAAAUCACUUUAUCUCUAUAUCCGUCGACCAGACAUCCUGUCACUCGACUCCUCCAAAGUUGAUGAUAAGGCCAUCGCACAACUUAAGCCAAAAAUUCCAUCAAAACUUGGUCAUGAUAUAAAGCUCGUCCGAUUUCACCUCAAACACCCGGGAAAGGUGAUCGAACCUAUCCAAGAGUGUUCAUUCAAGUCUGGGUCAAGCCGCAAAAGUGAGCUAAUGUCCUCGUUGGCCGAGUUGCGCGAAUUCAACGUCUUCAUGCGAUACAAGUCGUUGUCUGAAAAACGAAUAAAGUACCUCCGUCAAGCCCUUGCUUCACCAAUAACACCCUCUGAGGAGGCAAAACAGCGUAAAAAGGAUGAUUGGUGUCUAAGCGUUGCGUAUGGUGGUUUGGGUGGUAAAGUUCGUACCACCAACACUGCCACUGCCGGUCCCAAUGCAAUAGACAACUACGACUCUGAAUCAGGGGACUCUACCAUUGCUACAGCUACCCCGCCGCCAUACCCAGAAUCCAGGGUGCGUAGUGUCAAAGGCUCUGUGACGGAAUCUGAACCCGAUGACGGUGUUCCCCAUGAAAGUCCACCUCGGUAUGAGGCAGUUAAUUCAGACUCGCCUGACCAUGAAGGUGAGACGUUGGGCAAACGACGUCGAGAUAGUGCAGACAUACCGACCACCACAUUUUCCCGUAGGCCUUUUGGUAUGACAUUUGACCACAUUUUGCGGAGAAUGCAAAACUUGGAAGAGGAGAACGGCAAGCUUAAGGCCGCCAUGGCUGAAAUGCAGAAAACGCAACAAAUGAUGCAAGAGAUGUUUAAUCUACACUCCCAACUGCAGGAGAGCCAGUUCCCAGGUAAAAUCAGGGUCGUCAAUCGCAACCCUAAUGUGGAGAAACGUCUCGACAAAGUCGAGGAGCAAGUCGCUGAAGUCGAAGAGCAAAUCGCCGAGCUCCAAGACGGCCAACAAGAACUCCAGGAGCAGCAGGACAUCUUCGAGAUGGACGCGGAUGACAAAAUCGACGAUAAAAUUGACGCGAAGCUCCAUGAUAAGCUUGACGCCAGAAUUGAAGAUAUUAAAAGCGAUUUCAAAGAUGUUAUGCGCCAUGCGGCAGAUGACUUUUGUAAUGCAUUAGACCAAUUGUGA